AUGUCCGAUGAAAAUGACGAAAUUGAUCGAUUAGCUAAUAUGGUAGAUGAUUUAUUAGAAAAACUCAGCAAAUACAAUGAUUUUUUGAUCCUUUCCAAACAACAACCACAAAUCCCUAACAUCCAAAUCGAAUAUCGAGAUUCAACAUUCACCACGAGCGUUAAACUUUUCACAACAAUAAAACGAAGACUCGGGAUAUCAAAAACCCCCGAUCCCCCACCAGAAGCAUCUCAUAAAGUCCAAAUGAAACUAUAUCGACGAUAUUUGCGUCGUCGAUAUGUACAUCAUUUUGGCUCGUUCGAAGCAUUCUUCGUCGCAUACAUUACAAAACUCGAACAAAAAUACACGAAAAGUUUACCGAGAUCCCGUACGAGACCUCUUCCCAUUCCAGCCACCGUUGGGAGACCGCAGGCUGAAGUAAUAGAAUAUUUCAACACUUAUUCCUUUAACAUCGUGAAGGUGGAUGCAUUUUAUUGGAGUGUUGGCGUGUUAAUGGACCAUCUGUGUGUGCGGAAGGGAGGAAAGGGAUUCAUACAGGGAAUCGAGAGAAUGCAGUCGAGAGCAGUGGACUUUUUAAGGCAGUAUGAUAGAGUCAUGCUGUUAGCUCCGCAUGGAGUUGUUAGAGUUAACCUGUUACCAUUAGAAAAAAGAGAAAGUUUGCAACGCAAACGAAAACGAAAAAAAUGA